UCCCCGGCGGCGGCUCCUGUGCUUCCCGCUGGUUCCCGCUCGUUCCGGCUUUAGGGCAGCGGCCCGUGGAGAGGCCGGCAUGGCAGAGAGCCCGGGACGGUCCGGCUCCCCGCCGCCGGAGGGGAGCGAUGUACCUCGGGAAGGAGGGGAUGAGGAAGCGGCCGCCGGGGAGCCGCAGCCAGGGGUGUCCGCAGAGGACACGGCGGAGUCGCGGGACAGGUCCCCCCAUUGCGAGGCGCCGCGGCUGAGCGGGGUGGCGAUGGCUGGACAGGAGACAGCCGAGGCGGAGGUGGCCCCUGAUGGCAGCACCGGGACGGAGAGCGGAUUCCCCGAGGGGGCGGCAGAGAUGUCAGGCCGGCCGGGAGCGGAGCAGCAGCCUCCGGCGGGGGCUGAGAAGCGAGUUCCUAACGGGGACAUCCUGGGUGGCGAGGGUCUGCAGGGAGGGGAGCCGACGGAGGCCGCCGCUGGAGUAGAAGCACCCGAGGGCUCCACGCCGGCAAGGGCCGAACCCGAGGGGGCGGCGGUGACCCCGGUGAACACGGAGCCCGAGGAGGCAGCCCCGUCAGGGACCGAGCCCGAGAAGGCAGCCCCGGAAGGAACGGAGGCCGAAGCGACAGCCGCGGCAGGGACGGAGCCCGAGGAGGCAGACCCAGCGGGGACGGAACCCGAGAAGGCAGCCUCGGUGGAAACGGAGCCUGAGGACGCGGCCGUGGCCCCGACGGGGACGGAACCCGGAGAGGUUGAGGCAGCCGCGGCGGGGCCAGACCUCAAGGAGGAGAUGGUGACAGUCCCGGGAGGGACAGACCACAAAGAGGCAGCAGGGCCAGACCCUGAGGAGGCAGUGAGAGAAGAAGCCCCGUCGGGGACAGACUUCGAGGAGACGAUGGCGAAAGACCCGGUGGGUUCAAACCCCGAAGAGGCGGCGGGGCCAGAAGCCGAGGAGGAGGUGAGGGAGGAAGCUCCGUCGGGAACAGACCUCGAGGAGCCUCAGGCAGCAGACACGGCGGGGACAAAUCGUGAAGAGGCGGUGCGGGAGGCAGCCUCCGCGGGGACAGACCCGGAGGAGCCUGCAGGGACAGCACCGGCUGGGAAAGACCCUGAGGAUGCGGUACAGGCGGCAGCCCCGGUGGCAGCCGAGGAGGUGGUGGCCCCGGCGGGGAGCGAGGUGGCUUCCAGUAGCGGCGAGGAAGCAGAGGUAGCGUUGCCGGCUGGAGGGGAGGCCAACGGCGGACGCCGGUCUUCGGUCGGUCCCGCCGGCGAGGACGGAGCGGAGGCAGCGGUGACAGAGCAGGGAGCCGGUGCCCCGGCGGUGGCGGAAGAGGGGAGCGAGGGCCCGGGGGCAGGAGAAGGGGGAGCGGCAGAGCAGCGCAGCGGGUCCCCGGGCCCCGAGGGCGGCGAAUGGGACAAGGCAGGUCGGAACCUUAACGGCCGGGCGGAGGACCAGAACGAGAGAGGUUCGCCUGCCGCCCUGGGGGAGGAAGAGGAAGAUGAGGAGAAACAGGAACACGACAUCUCUCUCUUCGUCAAGGCUGGCAGUGAUGGGGAAAGCAUUGGAAAUUGCCCCUUCUCUCAGCGUCUCUUUAUGAUUCUGUGGCUAAAAGGUGUCAUAUUUAAUGUCACAACCGUGGAUUUGAAAAGAAAGCCUGCUGACCUGCAGAACCUAGCCCCUGGAACAAACCCUCCCUUCAUGACAUUUGAUGGUGAAGUGAAAACCGAUGUCAACAAGAUUGAGGAGUUCUUGGAAGAAAAGCUGUCUCCACCCCGGUAUCCCAAGCUUGCACCGAACCACCCUGAGUCUAACUCUGCAGGAAAUGAUGUGUUUGCAAAAUUCUCUGCAUUCAUAAAGAACCCAAGAAAAGAUGCUAAUGAAAAUUUGGAAAAAUCUUUGCUUAAAGCCCUAAGGAAGCUGGACAACUAUUUAAAUAGCCCCUUGCCUGAUGAAAUUGAUGCUUACAGCACUGAGGAGAUCACUGUUUCCAGUCGGAAAUUCCUGGAUGGAGAUGAUCUCACCUUAGCAGAUUGCAACCUCCUACCAAAGCUCCAUAUAAUCAAGGUUGUUGCAAAAAAAUACAGAAAUUUUGAUUUUCCACCUGAAAUGACAGGGAUUUCAAGAUACUUGAACAAUGCAUAUGCAAGAGAUGAAUUUACAAACACUUGUCCUGCUGAUCAAGAAAUUGAAUAUGCAUACUUGGAUGUUGCGAAGAGAAUGAAGUAAACAGAAGAUGCCUCCUUUCUUUAUUGCUUCUGGGAUUCAGAUGGGCAGCAGCCAAGAUGGAAGUAUACAUUCUGCAGUGUAAUUUUAAGUUCUGCUAUUGGCCAAUCCUUCUUUUAUAAUGAUUGUAUAGCUUUAUUUGCUCAUUCUUAAGUUAUGUAUGUGUAUGUUUGUGUGUCUGUACAGAUGUCUGCACACAUGAAUAUCUGUUGUGCAUUCUAAGUUAAAGGCAUAAGUCAAUAUUCAAGCAUCUGUUGGAGUUAGGGAAACAGCGUAGGUUACACAAUUAUAGCAAUAUUCCAAACUAGUGACUUAGGAUAAAUUGCUGAAUUUUGAGAAGAAAUAGCCCUGUUUCUAACACACAUUUAACCUCUCAUUAUUGCUGCCUCUGAUCUCUGUUUCACAGUUGUUGCCAAACUUCACAGUUACCGGGAAGGUUUCUGUUUGCUUCUCUGCAAGCCUCAGAGGGCCCCAUGCAGCACCUGGCUUAACCCAGGAGAGAGGGCAGCCUGUAGGUGGGACCACACCUCAUGUCCCAGAAGCCCUCUCCUCUGUGCUGGAGACCUGCAGGGCAGGUCAAGGAAGCAGAACUCCUUACAUUGUGUGAGUCUUCUUUGGUAUAAUAAUUAAAUAAAUCAAUCCAUCCUGCUUUCUCCUCUCAGGGCUGCAUAACCCAUCGAACUUCCCUCCUGGUGCUCCCAGAGAGAGGAACACAGGCUGUCACUGGCCUAUGGACUGUCUGAUAAUAGAUAUUUGAUGAAGGAAGAGGGAGAAACAUGGCUUUCACUGUAGAUAUAAGAAAGGGGUGAACAUCUGUUCCCUGCUACUGAUGUAGAAUUUGUCAUCCUUCCAUGGCUCUCAUCUGGUUUUGAAAGCAAAGAGGAGGAGGAGGUCUAAGAAAGAAAACAGCCCUCCUAUACUUCCUUUUCCUGGUUGAGCUCUAGCAUAUUGGCUUUUCCAGGGCUGCUGUUAGGACUUCAUUGCUGAGAGCUUUACAGCUGAUCAGACAACGUAAACCUACCUCCUGCCUUGGGGGGGGAUGGAUUAGAUGGAUCCCUCCAGCCUUGCCUGAGUUUGUGUUAAACCAGUCAGUAUUUGUGAGCAGCACCCUCUAGCUUGGCAUUAGGGAGCACAGAAUGUAUGGACAUAGAAAUAAAUGGACUGGAAUAAGUGACAUUCACAGCUGCUUUCUGCUGAGCAGGUCCUCAGUGAGCACACAGGAGUAGAGUGUGCAGUGCUUUUGUCAUAGGGUCACCUGGAAGUUUUCUUCUGAUGGAUUUUGCCUAUGUACAAAAUAGAUGUGAAAAUGGCUAAAAAUAGCCUUUACAGCACCUACAUUCACAAAAAGACUCUUUUAGAUCAGUCACUCGUCCUUUCCCAUGUCAAACAUACGCUUGCUUUCUAACAGAGCUUUACUUAAUGGUAAUGGUGUCAGAUGCAUUGUGCCUGCACUGUCUUCCUCUUACACACUGCACAGUUCUGAUGCAGAUGUGCUACCCUCACAUGUAUUUGUAAGCAGUGCUGAAUGUGUGGCUUUAGUUUGCCUUUAGAGAAAACAGGCACAAUAACUCUCCCCUCCUACCCUCCACUGUGAACUCUCAUAUUAGGGUUGGUAGCUGAGCAGUCACUCAUCCCAUAUUACUAACUCUUACUUUGUGUUUUCAAAUACAUACAUAUAUAUAUGUAUAAAUAUAAAAAA